CGACGAGCGACGGAGAAUGGAUUGACCGAUUGAGGGAGCCGCCCACUUCUGCAUCGACCGCCGCCGUGAUGGCGAGAGACAGAUCUCCGACGAAUUCGCCGCCGGCGAAACGCCGCAUGGACUCCAGCACCACCACUACCGUCGCUUCCCUCGGCGAGGACAUCCUGCUCGAGAUCUUCCUCCGCCUCCCCUGCCUCGCCACGCUCGUCCGCGCCGCCCUCACCUGCCGCGGGUGGCGCCGCGCGGUGGCCUCCUCUCCGGCCUUCCGCCGCCGCUUCCGCCAGCUUCACCCGGCGCCCCUCCUGGGCCUCUUCUUCAACCCCCCCGGCGCCGUCCAGGAGCCCGCGCUCCCCGCCUUCCCCUCCUUCGUCCCCACCCGCGGCACCGACCGGGACCAAGCCGCCGCCGUCCGGGGCGGCGACUUCUUCCUCACCUCCCUCCAGCAGCGCCGCCCCGGAGUCCACAACGGCUGGGACAUCCACGACUGCCGCGGCGGGUACGUCCUCCUCGCCAAUGGUGAUCAGGAAACAAUGGCGGUGGUCAAUCCCUUGGCGCGGCGGAGCGAAAGGUUCUUCGAUUAUGGCCACGGGGACACCCUUGAAGGUCACCGCGUCUACGCCGUGGGACAUAGAGCCUGCUUGCUCUGCUCCGACGAAAACCCCACGUCGUUCCGGGUGGUCAUUAUUGCCCAUGACAAGUCCAGGGUGCGGGCUACUGUCUUCUGCUCGGACACCGGCGAGUGGUCCAUUCGCCCGUGGGUGCAUAUCCCGGGGAAGCCACGGCGGGGCCGCGGAGAAGGGUGGAUUCGGAGUUGCAACGUGCAGGCUCAAGGAUUCUUGUACUGGGUUUACAAGAAUCGCAAGCAUAUGCUCACACUGGACACUGCAACAAUGGAUUUCUCUGUCGAUGAGCUCCCAAUUUUCCUGCAGAAUCGAUCCUGCAGCUUUGUUGUGGGUGAAAUGAAAAAUGGUGAGCCCUGCAUUGUCUAUGCUAUUAACUUCACAGUCGGCGUGCUGUUGCGCAGAGCAGAGAAUCAUGGUGUUGAUAGGUGGGUGCUGGACAAGGCCGAACUCUUGGAGACACAGCUUGGUCAGGUCCUUGGCAAUGUAAUGGAGGACUACAAUAAGGUGGAGGUUGUGGGAGUAAGGGAUGGCUUUGUGUACUUGGCAACAUUAGAUGAGUUAAAUGAUUCUAGUACUCCUAGUUGGUUCUUGUCUCUCUGCUUGGAAACCAUGAUAUUGGAGAAGCUUUUUCAGAGGACGUACGACAGUUCAGUGCAUCCCUACAUUAUGCCAUGGCCGCCUUCUUUAGUAGGUAACUAGGGGAGGUUUGCACUGAAGAUGGUACGUGAAAUGCAUGGGCAUCACUACCCAACAAAUGUGAUACAAGGAAGAAGAGGGGCAGCUAGUAGAACCAACCUCCUACAGUGAGAUGCCAUAACAACUGCAUUCCUCUGAAGCUGCAUCAUGCUGAAGAGUCACAUCUAAUUCCAUGAUGCUGAAGAUUCUGUCGCCAGUUAAUCAUACAAGUUGAUCUUUUGCGCUUGUUAUUUUUGUUCAAUUACCAGUUUUCAUGAUUGGUGUGAUGGUUCUGAACUUGAUUCUAUUUCAUAAGUUCGCUACUGAGCCUUUUUUAGGUCUUGUUUAAGGGGUCUCUAUGUGAGAUCCUUGCUCUGAAUAGAACAGGUACUAUUCACCAUUGUUGCAAGGAUAACGUGGAGUACUAAUAAGCAUGCAUAGCCUUAUCUAUGUUCAUUUUGCUCAUAGAAAGUCAACGUUAACUUUUCAAUAUAUGAAAAAUGAUGGUGAGUGGCUA